AUGGGCAAGAUCAUUUGCCUGGCUUUUCUUGUCAUUGGCCUGGCUGUCGGCUGCAGUGGCUACUGUCGCAGCUCCCUGUACGAGUGUAACAACGGACGUUGCGUGAGCCGCAGCGAUCGCUGCGAUGGAUAUAAUGACUGCUUUGACAGAAGUGAUGAAAUAGGUUGCAGCACUUCUUCCAGUACCUGCUAUAGCUACCAGUUUGAGUGUAACAGUGGGCAGUGCAUCAGUAGCUCCUAUGAAUGUGAUGGAACGGAUGACUGUUACGAUGGUAGUGACGAGGACGGAUGCGCUGCUGCAGUAGGUCUGGCUAUUGGUCUGUCUGUCUUCUUCUUUGUACUCUUCUGUGUGGUUAUCCCCAUCGCCAUAUGUGUCCUGGUAUACUACUGUGUGGCUGGUCCUCUCAGACAAGUUCUGAGUGGUGGAUCGACCACCAUUCAGACUGUUGCCACUGUACCAACUAGUCGAACAUCAGUUACUGCUGUACCUGAUGGCCCGGCCACUACUGUUUUCAUUGAAACUCCAGCGGAAGAACUGAAGGCUGCCAAUCCUCCUUCGGUAUACCCCAAACCAAUGCAGCAAUAUCCACCAGUCGUCCCACCAAAGCAACGUGUGCAGCCGCCGCCCUACUAGUAGCAGACUCCUAUAUUACUGGUUGUGUCUGUGGCCAUAACUUGAGUCCUGUGACUAGUUUUUAGUGACUGACACUAAUUAGCACACAGACAUGAUUAUAAGUAAUGUACGUGUGUUUUUUAGUUUGUGUAUGCAUUUAGCCUGCCCCGUAGACUUUUGGUAAAUAGAUUAGCAUGCAUAAUUCCACGCGCUCAUUUUUAUGCGCAUGCGCAGAUAUUUCAGGGCGUGUGUCCUCUCAAAGCUAGCUAGCUAGUAGUCGCAAAUCUCGGGUCAGUGGAGAGAUGAAGGGAGUAGCUGCAUUUCUCUUGUUCUAUGGCCUCCUGGCCGCAGUCCAGGUCGCAUCCGUAAACGCUCAAUGUUCUGGAUACCAGUGUGACGAUGGUCAGUGUACAUCAUUUUCCUCUGAUCGCUGUGACAAUAUCGCCGACUGCGCUGACGGAAGUGAUGAACAAGGCUGCGUGGACCUUGGUCUUGCCAUUGGCCUGAGUGUCUUCUUCUUCAUCCUCUUCUGCGUCAUUGCACCCAUCGUUUUGUGCGUCUGCAUCUGGCUUUGCGUGGCUGGAGUCUUUGGGGCAGCUGCUUCAGGGUCAGGCAGAGCUACGACGACCAUUCAGACUACACCUGUCAACGUUGGUACCUCUCCUGUCAUUGCAACUACCGCCACCACUGCAACUGAGAUGCAGGCGGAGUAUCCGCCGGCCUAUGGUGCUGGAUAUGCCUAUCCUCCCCAGCCUUAUCCUGCUGCUUACCCUCCACAAGAUGCCGCCUACCCACCUCCUGGCCAGACACCCUACCCUCCUCAGUAGCUUAGUAUAAGAUUCUAACUCUCACAGUAAUGCAUUGACAACAUGUAGCAGCUAGUAUGCAGACACUUUUAUGCCAUGCAUGAGUCGAAAUAACAACGUCAAAAUUGAGAACGAGAAA